AUGGAUCCAUUCACAGCGCUCGGGUUAGCGGCCGCCAUUAUACAAUUUGUCGAGUUUGGAGCGAAGCUGGUCUCUAACAGCCGUGAGAUAUACGUAUCCACCGAUGGGCGCACGAAGGAGCACGAGACCCUGGAUGAGAUCUGCUCAGACCUCCGUUUCCUGGUGGACGACAUUGACGAAGCCGCCGACCUUGCGGGCGAACCGACAAAAAGGAUCGACGAAGAGGUGGCACUGCGCAAGCUUGCGGAAAAAUGCAGGAACACAGCUUUGGAGCUACAGAGCCUUCUGAAGAGCCUGUACUGCACGCCCGGCGGGCGGGUUGCUAGUUUAAAACAAGCCUUGAGGGCGGCUUGGGGCAAGCGCAAAGUCGACGAUGUAGAGGCGAGGCUCAAGGAGUAUCGGCAGGAGCUCAUGACACAUCUUGUCGCCAUCACGAGCAACCAGCAAUCGAGCGUGCUGCGCGAACUUAGGACGCUGAAGGAAGCCACUCUGUCGAUGCAAUCGAAUCACUCAGACGUUUCCUUCCAACAGACAUUUCUUCGGGGACUGUACUUUCGAUCGAUGCCGGCUCGUCACCACGGCAUAGCUGAGGCACAUCAGAAGACAUUCAACUGGGUGUUCGGCCGUACAGGUUUGCAGCGAGCGGCAGCAGUUCACGUCAGCAAUCUCACAGACUGGCUCGAGUUAGGCAAGGGAAUUUAUUGGAUAUCUGGCAAAGCAGGCUCCGGCAAGUCUACUCUUAUGAAGCAUCUUGGAGAUCACUCGCGCACAGCGGAGCUUCUCUCCACAUGGGCCGAGCCCUAG